AUGCCCAACCAACUAUCCAUUCCCUUCAAGAGGACAUAUGUGAUACCCAUUCGAGAGGCGGUGCGGCAGUACAUCCUCUCACAUUACACCGACACGCAUCCAGAUGCGUAUAAAUGGGACAUCGGACAAUGGGAGAAGCUCCGCGCCGAGGCCAUAAGCAGCGUCGUUCAUAUCGAUCGAGUCAACGCGUUGAUUAGCUAUCAUGCACAGCUUGUGUUCAUAUUGACCAAAUUACCCCAUGAUAUUGGCCUCGAGAUCCCUUACGCGCCGAUCUUCAAUAGCGAUGCCGUUCCGGAGCCAUUUAACAAUCUAGUCUACGAGAGAGCGGGCAUAUUGUUCAAUCUUGCUGCUCUGUACUCUCAAUUGGGGGCGGCCGAAGAUCGCUCCGCGCCACAAGGGCUCAAGCAAGCGAUCAAAUGUUAUCAGAAUGCGGCCGGAGCACUCAACUAUCUGAACGCAUUUGUGAUUCCGCAACUCCGGGCGACCGUGGCACCUGAAGAAGCACCAUUGGAGUUCACGGAGCCUAUCAUCCGAGGCUUAGAGUUUCUUGUGCUUGCGCAAGCACAAGAAUGCGUUUGGCAAAGAGCCGUCAUGGACAACUACAAGAAUGGUCUCAUCGCAAAGCUCGCCGCCAAAGUAUCGUCUUUGUACGGGACUGCGGCCGCCCAUAUCAAGAACCCAUCGGUCAGACACGUCUUCCCUUUGCCGUGGAUCGCCCAAGUGGAAACAAAAACGCUACAUUUCCAGGCUGCAGCUCAAUAUCGGAAAAGCCUAGAGGACCUCGAGGCGCACAAAUAUGGCUACGAAAUUUCACGACUUACAGAGGCACGAGACCUAGCGAAGAGGGGUCAUGAUGUCGCAAGACGAGGCGGCGCGGCCCCGCCGGUCCAGCAGGAUAUCAAGUCUUUGCUUGAUAUCGUCCAGAAGAACAUCUCGCGCGCCGAGAGGGACAACGAUCUGAUCUAUCAUCAAGAUGUCCCCCCUUCGUCUGCGUUGCCCGUCAUCCAAGAGGUCUCCAUGGUGCAGCCGCUCACAGACCCUGGGUUACAGGAUCCAAAGAUUGUAGUCGGCACGAAUGGUGUGAUAUUUGGGGAGCUACUUGGGUGGGGCGCGCGUCUCGCCAUUGAAAUCUACAACGAUAGGAGACAGAACUGGAUUGCGGAGGAAGUGACUGGGCGCGCGCAACGUCUAGACGACGAAAGUAGAAGCGUGCUCGAGUCUCUGAACCUUCCCGCGGCUUUGGAGGCUCUUGAUCGGCCCAUCGGCCUACCACCCAGCUUGCUGAAAAAAGCUGAAGAGGUUCGGCUUGAACGCGGCCCUGAGCGCAUUGAGGCUUCCAUCCGUGACGUGCGGACUCUGGCCAACCACGACUCUACCUUACUUGAUGAGGCAAUGGACAUUUUGGAUCAGGAAGCCGACGAAGACGAAGCGUUCCGUGAGGCUCAUCCCACGGCGGAGAGACUGCCAUCAUACGAAGCCAACAAAGACAUCAUUGAGAAAGAACAGCGCUAUCGGACGGUCCUCCAGCAAGCCCGAGAUAGCGAUGAACUUGUCAGACAGAAGUGGGAAGAUUGGGAAGAGAAUAUCGGCCAGCUGACCUGGAGCGAGUCUGAACUAGAGAGUUCUAUCCCGUCCUCCACUGCGUCCCACGCAUGGCAGUCACCCGCAGACACGACUCGUUCGCAUGCACGCGCUCUACGCAUGCUUCUCGAGAUGCUCGAUGACCUGUCAAAGUCGCGUGAAGAAAUAGCGGCUCGGACCGGCCGAUUAUCCGACUCUGACGACAUCAGGCCCCGCAUUCUCAAGGCGGCCUCGGGCAUGGAACAAUGGGUGAACGUGCAGCCGGCGAUGUUCGAGGAUAUCCUUGACGAAGAACUCGCCAAGUAUGACAAGUUCCGCCGACAGCUGGAAGAAGACGGGAAGAAGCAAGCAGACCUUCUCACUGCCAUCAAGGAGCGCCAUGCAGAAUUUACGCGCUCCCGAAAGGAGGAUGCUCCGGUGAAGGAGCGUGAGCUCGCAUUGCAAUCGCUGGACCUCGCAUAUGGCAAGUACAAGGAGAUUGUUCGGAACCUGGACGAAGGCCUGAAGUUCUAUAACGACCUUGCGGUCAUCCUAUCACAAUUCCGUGAUGCAUGCAAGGAGUUCGUAAAUCUGCGCAGGACCGAGAUCAGGUGCGUCGCCACAUCCGACGAGACAAGCUCAACUUCUCCUGCUAUACGACGUUCUGCAUCAGAAACAGUGCCGUCAGACCAACACAAUCCACCUGAGAGUCCAACAUCACCUCGCAGACAUCCUGGCCACCGUGUGCGCCCUGCGUUGGACUUGCCACCUCCCGAUUCGGACGAAUGGGAAACAAUGGAGUUACCGCCGGCACCGAAGCCAGCUACUGGUAGGAGGGUGGUUCCGGGGCGAUGA